UACUGUCUAUUUGUCUACAAUGUGGUUCCGAAGAACCUGACAAGCAAUAUGGUGGUAUCCUAGUUACUUACUAUCGUGAUUAAUAGUUGCAUUGAAAACUUUGUAAACUUCGCGGCUGGCCAGCCGAGCACAAAGAGACGUAUCAACCAGAAAUUUCGUGCCAUUCGACAACUACAAGUGACAGCCACAAAAAAAUGAAGAGCUAUUGGCUAUCGCUUUUACUACUGCUCAUUGGAGGUUGGUUUGGCCUUCACCAUUUCUACCUUGGCCGCAAUCGUCAUGGCAUAUUUAGCUUGUUUACCUUCGGUGGGACUGUGUUAGGACUCAUCCACGAUAUGUUCCGUUUACGAUUUUAUGUAAAUUGGGCCAACUUUGAUUCGGAUUUUAAACAGAAGUAUGAAGAAUUCACCCUUAAGGGAUCGAAAAGGCCAUCACUGGGCUUUGGACGCAGUAUUGCGAUGGUCAUAGCAGCUCAAAUGUUCGGCAAUCUUGUUCAGCUCGCUAUCCCUGCGGACCUCCUACACUCUAGGGUCGUUACGAUAAUCAGCAUGAUACUCGUUCCAUCUGCGAUUGCUGCUGCGGUUUGGUAUAUAGGUUCAAUAGGUGAGACACAAGGACCAUUUGUGCCUAUCCUCAAAGCAGCGUUAUACACAUCCCCCAUAUAUAUAUUUAUUUCGGGACAGUUUAUUACAACUGUGCUUUGCGUUUACUAUUUUCAAAGUUUAUGGAGUUACCGGGCUCGACCCGAUCAUCCAGGCUCGUUUUUCUAUAGAAUAAUAUACAUUGCGACUUUUCUACUAAUCUUCCUCGUGCUAUGUAGCUCUGUUAUCAUGUUCAAUUGCACGAUCCAGGGCGAGAGUACCCAAGGCGAAGUUAAGUGUCGAGACGCUUUGCGACACUUCUUCAAUUCUCCGCUAUGGAAAAAUAUUGUCGAAUCUCUACGAGCCAUACGCGAUUCAUUACGCGAAGGAGGAUUUACACAAUUUUCAGAGACUCUAAUCGUGUUAAUGGACCCAACCGGCGAGCAACAUGCUCUGCAAGUUCUCGGUCUUCCACAAUCUGCUAGCGAUGACGAUAUUCGCCAAGCCUAUCGGGAGCUAUCUCGCAAGUUUCACCCUGACAAAAAUUCGAAUAAGAAUAAAGAAGAGCUCGAGAAGACCGAACUACGUUUUAUGGAAGUCCAGAACGCGUUUGAAACGCUGCGCCUGAGAAAGGCCUCUCCGAGGAAUAUAGGAUCUGAAUUAAAAGAGGACAAGAGCGUCGCUACAGUUAAAGACGUUGUGUGAACUAUAGUUGAUCUCUGAAAACAAAUUAAAUAUACUCUCAAAUCGAGAAUCUGAAGUAAUUUCUGUAAUGAACUUGUUAAAUUCCGCUUAUACAGCGCCUCAACAGAUAAGUUGGAACUUGUUGAUGUCACAGUUGAUGUUUUUGUCGAACGGUAAUUGAUGCGAGUCUAAAAAUUCGAAAAAAAAAAAAAUAGCAGAAGUAGUUUUAUAACAAAAUAUGAAUACAAUUGAACUGAGGCAAGCGCAGAGUAGACAUAAUAUUUUCGUCGUGUUUGUGUUUAGGUUAUACCCUUGCCCAUGUUCAAAAGUGAAGUUACAUGACGAAGGCGUAAGGUGUACCCUGUUGCAGUAUUUAUGGGUAUUAGCAAUGCAUUAUAUGUGCAAGCAUAUCCUUAAAAUCGUACGCGAAAGCUAGAUGCGACUAGAAGAAGGCUGAGACACUGAGGUCCACAUUUGUAUUAUUGAGUAUAAUGGAUGCAAGAAUGUCGAAAGGCCAGCGUGAUAUUAGUUAACUAAGAAAGUGAAUAAAACUUGUAAAUAGACUAAUGUUCAUAUAAUCCAGAAAAAAAUAAAAUUCGAUAUUGCUUCUA